UGCUCUUCUCCAUCUCCCAUUACGAAGACAAAAAUGGUAGGAGUUUUCCGUCGUUCGCUUUCAUUCCCAAACAAGAUCAACCCCAGUCGUCCAUCUAAGCCACCUAUAUCUCAUCACAUCAGAUCUAUCAGUCUUCCCUGCAGAUCACACCCCUUGAUUUCCCUCCUCAAAGACCACAUCACCCAACUCAAGUCAUGGUCUUCCAACAAACCUCAACAACCCACUUCUGCAUGGCUCUGCGACGGCCUCACACGCCUCAAGGACCUCCAUGAUUCUCUCCACGACCUUCUCGACCUUCCCCAAACCCAAGAUUCCCUCCGAAACCGCAACCAAUGGGUUGAAACCCUUCUCGAAGAUUUCCUCCGCUUGGUCGACGUCUACGGAAUCUUCCAAACAUCUGUUUUGGCACUCAAAGAAGAACAGUCCGCUGCCCAGGUCGAUAUCAGGAGAAGAGAUGAUUCCAAGGUAGCUCUCUACUUAAAAUCUCGGAGGAAGAUAGCCCGAGAGAUGCUCAAUCUGGUAUCCACAAUCCGAUGUAUAAGCGCCAAAAACUACCCCGAUUCGGUCACCGCUUUCAUAGUGUCCAUCGGGGAUGCAGAACUCGCAGCCGUAAUCAGCGACGUAGUUGAGGCGACGGUGAUGGUCUCAGUUGCGUUGUUUAAUGGAAUAUAUGGAGCUUUCGGGUGGAGAAAAACGUCGUGGAGGUUGGUGGAGAGAUUGUACUCGAAGAAAGCGAAGAGGGUUACGGCGGCUGAGGGAAUUCAAGAACUGCAACUGGUUGGGGAGGAGAGCUUGUGGGGAUUGAGGAAGAAAGGUGAUGAGGAGGUGAGGAUCGUGUUGAGUAAAAUGCUUGAGUUGGAGGAAUGUAUACGAGGAAUCGAAAAUGAGAGCGAGAGAGUAAUGAGGAGUUUGAUCACUACCAGGGUUUCGCUGCUCAAUAUUCUCACCAACUACAUAAAUUAAUAUUGUUUUAGUCUGAUGUCUCUGUUUUUCUUUUACUUUA